AUGAGGGCAAUCGGCUUCGUCGUGGCCCUUGCGGUUAUGUCGGUGUGUCAUGCCGCCACACCACAGCUACGAUUCGCAUGGAAACUGAUGGACUUUGCUUGGGAGACUCCGGAGAGUAGAGCAAAUGCUAUCAAUGAAAAGAGAUUUAUUCCUGAGAACAAUCUGCCUUUAGGAUUAGCACGUUGGAAGAACAAAGUAUUUGUUACUGUACCCAGAUGGAAGGCUGGUGUAGCUUCUACAUUGAACUACGUAGACCUAGAUGGGCCUCAAGACCAGGCGUUAAAACCAUAUCCAUCUUUUAAGGACAACUUUGUACCAGAUGACGCAAAGGAAUUACCUUCAAACAGCUCGUUGAUCUCAGUUUUCCGAGUGUUUGUGGACGAGUGCGACAGACUGUGGGUCAUCGAUUCUGGAAUGGCGGACAUCUUUGGAGCUGGAAAUCAAAUCAAUGGGCCCUCGAUUGCGAUCUUUGACUUGAAGACAGACCAGCUUAUUCAUCGGUAUCAGUGCAAGGCUAGUGAUAUGAAGGAAGACUCGUUCUUCGCUAAUAUUAUUGUAGAUGUAAACAAAGACACUUGUGAUGACGCAUACGCGUACAUCCCGGAUUUGGGAGCCUAUGGAGUAGUGGUGUACAGUCUCAAGCAGGACGACUCUUGGAGGAUUUCUCAUCACUACUUCCACUUCGAACCUUUGGCUGGUUCGUACAAUGUAAGCGGUAUCGAGUUCCAGUGGACUGAUGGGGUAUUCGCGUUGGCGCUUUCUGAACCUAGAGAGGAUGGGUAUAGGACAAUGUUCUUCCAUGCAUUCUCCAGCACCAAAGAGUUCUGCGUCUCCACGGAGUUGCUCCGUAAUUACAAGCAUAUCGACAAGACCGAAGCAUUCCAUGACUUCAAGCUUCUGGGUGACAGAGGUGAACGCACCCAAUCAGCUGCCAGCUACUACGAUCCUAAAACACAUGUCCUGUUUUACACUCAGGUGAACCGUGAUGGAGUGGCGUGCUGGAACUCCAACAAGCCGUACACGCCUGACAACAAUCCUCUCAUAUUGUCUGACCCCAAACUUUUCGAGUUCCCCAACGACUUGAAGGUGGAUGAUGAAGGAAUCCUAUGGGUUCUUACAGACAAGCUGGCUCGCUUCCUCUACAAGACUAUCGACCCCAAUGAGGUCAACUACAGAAUAUUCAGCAUCGACACCACUGAGGCGAUUGCGGGAACUGCAUGUCAGUAG